GAUCGACCACCAGGGUGCGGGCGAUUUGCGUCAUUCCUGGCCCUGCACUUUGAUGGAUGGUGACAAGGUUGUGCGCCGUGUGCGUGUUACCUACUAGUGCCAGUCACACAGCUGGAGCGAGCAAGAUCGACAAGUUCUAUACUGGGACACUGGGGGGGCACCAUCUCCAACCCUUCUCGUCCUCGACGACUUAUAUCAUGACUGCUUCCUCCUACCUUAAAUCUGCUACCUCUGCUCUGGAUCUAUUGCUAACCAACAACCCUCUUCUCCAAGCCCUUCACCACCGCCAGUCUGCUUCAGCACAGCCCACCAGCCAGCCGUAGCAGCAACUGCUCUCUCACACAACCACACAAGACCAUGGCUGCCUCAUCCAACUCGAGCAACGCGGGCACAGCGUCACCUCGCUGUGGCCGGCCGUUGACGACUUCAUAUGCCGACCUCAUGAAGCCCGACGAGGACUGGAGGA